CGAAAGUAACCUGUGCACAGGGAAGAUUUUUUGGAAAGAAGACAUUCUUCAGCUUCUUGAAAUCAGUCCAUACUCGCUGCUUUCCAGAUCUCUGCUUUUCGAUGAAGAAAGUAAUAAUCAAGGGUUUUUAAUCAAGCUUCUAACAUAUGUAACACAACAUCAUGCACCUCGUCUUUGCCACGAUGCUUCAACUCAGACAGCCGGAAUUGGAAAUAGUGGUGAGUCUCUCGCUCAAAAGAUGAAAAUGAUGCAAAAGGAAGAUAAUAAUGGCAGUGAAGAUGAAAAGGUUUUAUCCCAAAUGAAACUGGAGGGAUAUAGAAGGGACACUGAAACACAGACGCAAAUGGAUGUUAAUGUAAAAACGCACUAUUUCGAAGAUGUUGAAAUUGCCAAGCAGAGGUUGGAAAUAAAGAUGCAGUUUCAAAAGGAAUUUGAUAAAGUGAGACAAGAACUGGAGAUGACCUAUGGUAUUAAGACAAAGGCAUUAAGUUCCAAGGAAAAUAACAGUAUAGAUCGAUUAAAAAAAGAACAAGAGACUAAGGAAAACAAUGUCUUGCUCCAGAGACAACAAUUGCUGAAGGAAAUGGAAAAACUGCUACAGCAAGAAAAUGAGCUGAGGAUGCAAAUGGAGGCAUUUAAAGAGAUUUGUAAAAUACACGAAGAGAAGGUCAAAACCACCAUGGAAUUGUUGAGAACAGAGCUGGUGAUAAAAACAAUGGAAGACACAUAUGACCAGAUGGUCCAGAAAGAACUCUCCAAAUACGAAUUAGAGGCAAAGGAUGAAUACGUCAAGAGAACAGAUGAACUCAUGGAAAGCAAGCACAGAGGGGAUCUGGAAACCAUACGUGUCCACACUGAGUUGGCUGUAAUUAGUAUGAAACCAGAAGAUCUCUGCAAAAUCAGCUUAGAGGUGAAACAGCUGCAGGAUGAAUUGAAGCCCUCACAGCAGAUGACCUCUGUGCUGAAUCAAGAGAAGAAGCUACUAUGGAAUAAACUUGAUAGCAUGAAUGACUAUCCCAGAUUAAAAAGUGAGAAAGCUAUGUUGGAGGAGCGAGUGCAGCUUCUCGAUACACACUUGGAGUAUUUGAAGGUGGAGAACCAGCGGAUGUGUGCAGACUUGGAUAAGCCCCCUCAAGAACAACUGGCUUUGCAGUCAGAGCUACGGAGGCUGAAAACUGAACACCAGAUGGAAAAAGAAGCAUUUAACAACCAGAAGCAAGUUCUGCAGGAACAGGUGUUGAAUAAGGUGGAGCAAUGUGGUCAGCUCAAGCUCCAACUUACAGAAUGUGAGGAGAAGUUACAGUGGCUCACUGGUCAUGUUGAAGACCUAAAGAAACGUCUCCAUCAAAAUCAAGAAUUCAAAAGAUGUCUCCGGGCCAUUUCCAAGUCUAACAAGGAGGUUCUCUCCAGAAAGCAUGUGAACCAAACUCCGCAGAUAGGCACAACUUGUUUUAUUUUGCAAAAGCAUGAGUCAUGUGGAAAUCCCAACAAGGAGCUGGGGAUUGAACCCAGCGUUUGGAUUCUACAGCUGCAGAAGGAAGCUGAGGCACUCCAGGAAGCUUACAGAAACUUUCGACCUGAGCAGUCAACCUCAGUUCUUGAGUGGAGCAUUCUCUACUGA